AUGUCAGAAACCGACGUUGGGCGGCUUGCAGCUGCCCAGCAGCAGGUGCCCCAUUUACGCGCACCAUCCGAUAGGACACUCUGGAAUGCCCAUAAAACGUGGGCCCCUUCGAGGCAGACGCUACACUUGGCGAGUGAAGCUGAGCGUACUCUGUUCGGUGAGUUGGUAACGUUGGUUGGCUACAGAAAGUGUCGAUCGUUUGAAGCGACAUCGCCGCUUCUGACGUCCGGUGUUCAGGAUCGUGUUCCGAAAGCGCUGUCGGCAAUCGUGGUAGAAUAUCUUGCGCUCCAUUUCGACGGAGGACCCGAACCAACCCAACUAACGUGCUGUCAAAGGCGAACGUUUGGGUCGCUUCUCGAUACGGAUCUUCAUCUUCUGAAGCUGAUCGAACUGAAGGAGGUCACAUUCUGGAAACGCGUUGUUUGGUGUUUCUCGAGACAACUGUUGACGUACUACGAGCACAGUGUCGAGGCGAGUGAUGAUAACUGGAAAUGCUUGGGUAUCGAACUGAAACUGGCUCAACUGAUCGAGCAACAAGACCCGAGGUACUGGCACGUCGAGAAACUGGAAGAAACUAUCGUCAAGGCCGCACCUUUCGUGCGUCACCUGGACCUGGAACAGUUGACACCGUUGCCCGCCGUGGAACCCCUCGAAAACUACGAGACCUAUAAGUUCCACGACCCACCCGACGGCCUGUGUCACCACGGCUCGCUAUCGGUGUUGGAUCAUCUCCUUAACCUGACGACGCUGUCACUGGUCUUCGGGGUCAAGAACUGGACGAAACCCUAUCGCGAUAGCUACUCCAAGUGUUCGCUCGCCGACGUUGAGCAGUUGGGCAUGGCUCUCCAGGGACUGGUGGAAUUGAAAAACUUUAGCCUAUCAAACAGUCGUCUAGACGCCGAGAAGCUGACGCUUCUAGUUCGUGCCGUGACGCAUCUGAGGCUGGAAACGCUCCGCCUGAGCCACUGCCAGCUGGGCGAAGGCUGCGGCGGCGUUCUGGGAAGGUUUCUGAGCCGCUGCCGCUUCGGACCGACGCUCCGCUCGCUCGAUCUCUCCGGCAACCGGCUGGACGCCCGGGAACUGGACCAACUCGGUCCCGGAUUAGGCGUUUAUCAGGGAACCGUUGACAGGCUGGAUUUGUCGUACAAUCCGGUCGGACAGUCGGGAGUCCUACUGUUGGGCGGUGCGAUCAAGGGUACGCGUCAGUUGAGUGAACUCAACUUCACCGGGUGUCCGAUGGGCACCGAAGGCGCCUUUCGGAUCAUCCAGUUGCUCGGUUUUCACGCGCCCUUGCGUAAGCUCACCAUGAACUGUGUUCCGAUUUGUAGCGCAGGACAAGCAAAGCUUCUGCAAGUAUUGGGGGAGAACCGAAACAUCGAGGAUCUCCAGUGCCGAGGCUGUAACCUUCCGCGCGAGCUACAAGCGAAGGCGUACCGAAGUACGCCUUUCGGCUAA